UCGCAUUCCUUUCAGAUGUUGAACCUAAUAAUAGAGAGGAAAAAAACAACAAAGCGGAAGGAAACCCGGGCUUUUAUUUUAGUGGGUCAAAGAGGAACCCUUCUCUCUAAGGCUCUCCGCCAUGACAGACGCAUUUUAGCACAUUCUCCAGCAGCAGUCAGUCAAAGCAAAGUGACGCGGAGCAGCGGACGAGUCAGCAUGUCCAGCGAGGUGCAGCCGAGGCCGGACGACAGCCCCAACACCAGCGGGGGCAGCUCCGACGCCGAGCAGAGGGAGGCGGCCCCUCCGGAGCAGCCCGGCCCCGAGCAGAGGGACCAGUCCCAGCCCAAGAAGAAGGAGGCCAAAAUCUCCAGCAAGACCGCUGCCAAGCUCUCCACCAGCGCCAAGAGGAUCCAGAAGGAGUUGGCAGAGAUUACUCUGGACCCGCCACCAAACUGCAGUGCCGGCCCUAAAGGAGACAACAUCUAUGAGUGGAGGUCCACCAUCCUGGGGCCCCCGGGCUCCGUGUAUGAGGGAGGAGUGUUCUUCCUGGACAUCGCCUUCACACCAGACUACCCCUUCAAGCCCCCCAAGGUGACGUUCCGCACCAGGAUCUACCACUGCAACAUCAACAGCCAGGGGGUGAUCUGCCUGGACAUCCUGAAGGACAACUGGAGUCCUGCCCUCACCAUCUCCAAGGUCCUGCUGUCCAUCUGCUCCCUGCUCACCGACUGCAACCCUGCGGACCCCCUGGUGGGAAGCAUCGCCACACAGUACCUGACCAACAGAGCAGAGCACGACAGGAUAGCCAAACAGUGGACCAAACGCUACGCCACAUAGAGCCACGCUCACCCAACGUCAUGUCCAACAAUUCUCUACGGAAUCAUCCACCCCUACACCCCACCUACACCCCCACCCCGCUGACAUAUGAACUGUUCUUUGUUCCAUGCUGACUUGAAAAGCUUCUUUUUAUACAAAGAGUCUAUUGGGAUUGUAUUUUCCAAUACACUGAAUGUUGAUAUGGUCAUGAAAAGCUUUAAUACCGUUAUUGUUCUUGUUGAUGUUGCUGUUCUUAAUGCAUUGUUUAUACCAUGGUUGCCACUCUGGCCAUGUCCUUUAUUGUGUGUGUGUGCGCGUGAGUACUAUCCAUGGGUCAUGUGAUGUAAAAAUGUUCAUACUGAGUGAGAGUGUGUGUGUGCGCGUGUGUGUGUGUGAGAGUGGUUUUCUGUUUCCGGUCAGUAAUAGUGCAUGGCGUCUGGAUGUGUGUUCAUACAGUGUCGUCAUGGUAUCCGUUGUGUUCCUGCAGACUUGUGGCAUGGACUGAGCUCAUCAUCAUGUAUGACAUUAGGUGUUAGUUUGCUGUACAUUUAUUGCCUUGUGGGAAUACAUAGUGAAUUAAACACUGGCUGUAAUGUGA